AAUAGUAAACGCACCGCUUCAAAUUACGUAAGGUUCAAAGGCAACACUUGUGCUGCCUGUCUUUUACACGCAAUGACAUCUAGGAAUAGCCGUGGGGUGUGGAAAUUGUCACCAGUGACUAUGAAAAAGGAACACAGAACGGUCUAUGAUAAGGUGUGUUGAAUGAUGAUGGCCUAGCUUGAUCUGGUAUGACUGAGCGCCCCGUUCCUCUGGCAGAAUGAGUGGUGUGGCUCUGGCCGUCGAGAUAGUGGUGGUGUUUUUCCUGGCUCUGUUCCUCCUCCACCGAUAUGGGGACUUUCGCAAGCAGCAUCGGAUGGUGCUGUUCGCCACCCUCCUCGCCUGGUUCCUCUGUUUCCUAAUCGUUUUCAUCCUGCCCCUGGAUGUCAGUACGAGUAUCUAUAACCAAUGCAAGAUCAACAGCAACAAGGACAAGGUUGCAGCACCAACAGAAUUUUCAAAUCAGUCCUCCAACGUCACUGCUCCAACAACAAGUCCAAAAAAGGUUUGUUUUAAGCCAUGGAGCUACAUCCCUGAUGGAAUCCUCCCUGUGUUCUGGCGAGUCGUGUACUGGACCUCACAGUUUCUGACAUGGUUACUCAUCCCGUUCAUGCAGUCCUAUGCUCGUUCCGGGGGCUUCUCCAUCUCUGGGAAGGUCAAGACGGCUCUGAUUGAGAAUGCCAUCUACUACGGAACAUACCUGCUCAUAUUCUGCUCCCUACUCAUCUACGUGGCCGUCAGCCCCAAAUUCAACCUCACAUGGAGUCAACUCCAAGUGAUCGGCAUCACGGCGGCCAACACGUGGGGUCUGUUCCUGCUGGUGCUGCUGCUAGGCUACGGCCUGGUGGAGAUCCCGCGCUCCUACUGGAACGCCUCGUGCCACGGCCACUUGCUGCUCAAGACCUACUUCAAGGCCGCCAAGCUGAUGACCGAGAAGGCAGACGCAGAGGAGAACCUGGAAGACGUCAUGGAGGAUGUGCGGGGAGCUAGUGAAGCCAUCAAGUAUAAUCAUCCUCUGAGGAAAUGCAUUGACACAGUCUUAAGAAAGUGUCCUACGGAGCACCAGGAGAGGAUGGGCAGGAACAUGGACGACUAUGAAGACUACGACGAGAGCCGCAACGCCUGCCACAGCAAGAAGAACCUGGUCAAACUCCACAAACAGGUGAUCUACGCCGUGCAGCGCCACAACCGAACGCAGGUGCAGUGGCAGAUGCUGCUGGAGGAGGCCUUCCACCUGGAGGACGUGGCCAAGAACGAGGCCGGCGCCGUCCGCCAUUUCCAGCACAGCUUCACCUCCUCAGAGCCCACCAGCUGGCUCGCCAGAACCCUCUACACACCCACCAUCGAGUGGUACUGGGAGUGUCGGAUGCGGCGCUGGUUCUACCGGGCCCUGGCGGUGACUCUGAUGCUGUUCUCGGUGGCGCUGGUCUGGUCCGAGUGCACCUUCUUCAGCACCAAGCACGUCCUCUCCCUCUUCGCCAUCUUCAUCCAGCUCGCAGAGAAGGAGUACAACUACUUCUACAUAGAGAUGGCGUGUUUCGUCACCAUAUUCUACUUGUGCUACUGCGUCUACUCCACCGUCUUCCGCAUCCGAGUCUUCAACUAUUACUACCUGGCCCCCCACCACCAGACAGACGCCUACAGCCUGCAGUUCAGUGGCAUGUUGUUCUGCCGCCUGACGCCCCCGCUGUGCCUCAACUUCCUGGGCCUGAUCCACAUGGACUCCACCAUCUCUGGCCAGCAGAGGGAGCAGACGGCCUACACCACCAUUAUGGGUUCCCUGAAGGUGCUUCCGUUCAUCGCCAAGGGAUUCUACAUCUACUACCCCAUGCUCAUACUGCUCCUCUGCAUUGCCACAUACUACAGCCUGGGAACGCGCUGUCUGAACAUGUUGGGUUUUCAGCAGUUUAUGGGGGAGAGUCACAUGACCACAGACCUGGUGGACGAGGGCCGGGAGCUCAUCAGGAGAGAGAAGAGGAAGAGACAGAGGACUGAAGAUGGAGAGAAUCGCAGAAGGGAAUGGCGGGAACGCUAUGGGGACCCACGGGAGAGAACUGCUGGGCGUAAUAGGAACACCUACAACGAACUGAAGGAGAACAACGAGGCAGUGAUGAACAGCAGUGCAUAUGCUCCAGUGUCCAGGAGGGACCGUAGUGACCAGACUGAGUUGCUGCAGGACGUGGAGCCGCUGGACUUCAACGCAGAGGAGCCGGCGGACACCGAGGAGCGCAGGUACACUGGAGGUCGCUACCUGUCCACGUCAUUGUCUCGUGGACGUAUAUUUGAUGACGUCUGAGUGAAGAGGAUAUUUUAUUACAAAGACUGUGGGACUAUCCUCCCCUUACACCCCCAAACUUACCCUCUAAGGACAACGAAGGACAAUGCAGCCGACUUGUCAUGUGGAUGUCACCAGCUCCAUUGGCCCCUGAAGAAGCCUUUCCCUUCUGGCCUGUUUGGCUUUGUCCUCCAUGAUUUUCCUUUCGGUUAUUUAUUUUGUUCAUGCUUGCUGAGUUGUGUACCAUGUUUUGUCUUUUGUUUUGUUUUUUACCUGCCAUGGACAUUGGAAUUAAAAAGGGUUGGCGAUACUUCUCUCUCUACUAAAUGGAUAAAACCUCACUGGAAACUGGAAGAACGAGAAGGGAACAAGCUUUCCAAAGAUAUGAUAGACAUUCAUUUGAUGCAAAGGGAUCAUGACUUGUGGGAAUGGAUGGCUUCAACCAUAACGUCAGAAAAACGUCCCAAAUCAUUGUGAUAUUGUUUCUGUUUGUAUAUUACAAAUGUAAUGUCAUUAAGAGCCUCUGGUUAAAAAAGGAAGACAUGAAAAUGAAAUGAAAUGAAAUGACAUUAUGGCUGGUGAUGGAUUAAAGUGGUCCACUAUCCUGUGUAGAGUUGACUAGGCGUAGUUAGCCAGGCUUUUGGUUAGACUGAUCUCUUGACCAAGUGUUGUAGAGCUGAUCUAAUGACAUAGUGGUCAUUAUCAGAUUAAGAACAACAGUUGCCUCUUUGUAAAUAGUCCCUUCAGGUUCUGUUAGUAUUUCUUUUUCUAAUCAACAUGUUCUUAAAAAAAUAUUUUCCUAUUUUACAACAAAUUGCCCCCCAGUUCCCAUGAGCCUUUUUGUGCUGCACAUUUGCAGCCUUGCAGGAGAGAACCAACCAGUCAGCCAUCGUUGACCCCCACCCCACCCCACUAGCCUCCAUCCUCAGUCUGGGACCCCAGGACCCCACCACACCCCACUGUCGUCUUUCCUGACUCUGACCCCCCACCCCGGUGUUGUGGUGUAGCCUGCCCCCCCCCUGCUGUGGCGUUGUAGUGUGGCCCGGACCCCUCUGUGGCGGUGUUGUUGUGUGGCUUGACCCCCCGUGGCGGUGUUGUUGUGUGGCCUGUUCCCGUUGCCACAGGCCCCUUUCCAGACUCACAAUAGAGGCCACGUGACCUUUCACCUCAGGGACGGCCAGCUGAAGCCCAAAUAAAGGGGUCGACCUUCUCUCUAGGCCGUCUAGAUCCAACAUCCUUACAGCCCUCCCCCCUGAGCCACUCCAGCUUCCUCUCCUGCCUGCUGGCUUCCUGCUAGAGAUAGACUCUGACGGUUAUCGCUGUCCACUGGCCAGCAGCUACAUGGCUGUGGAAGUAGGUGAGUAUUCUGUCUGCCCUACUAAGCAAGGCUGAACUGGUGGAGAAAUAGGACCUGGGCACUUUUGGCUAAAGGGGCCCCCUCAUAAUUAGCAGUGCAGAACUGACUCACCGGUGGGUCCCGCACCCUCGUGGGCCCCUGUUGUCAGAAAUGUUAAAAAAUGUACUGUUCUGAAAAUAGGGUCCCACGAGGGAAAUGCCUGCUGUGCCAGAUGGCCAGUCCAGUCAUGCUACUAAGGCAAAGUAGUGACUAUAUGAACUCUGAAAAUAGGAAGAUGUUCUUCGAAGGUGUCAUAAUGCCCAAUCAAAUGUUGAUAUGAAAGUGUGAUGCUUUCUUGAUACAGUAAGAUGCAGAUUUUUCUUUCAAGGCAAAAGAGGGAUUAUUGAGUCCAUUUCCAGUCUAAACUAAGUUUUGACCAAAUAUUGUAUACUGCCUUUACUGCAGGACAGUAUUGUCAAUUGGUGAACAGAACGACUAUACUGACAUACUGUAUGUAUCUGAUCCCAGAACAGUGAAAUAUGGCAAAGUGACGUUGGGUUUGGCUUUGUCUAUGAGGGGACUGCCAGUGCCUUGCAAAUUAGUGGCAGAAUGGAUGUAAAGAAACACUGGUCUAGUUUAGUGAUUGGCCAGGCUAUUUUUGAAAACAACUGUUCCUUUCAUAUAUCCUACAUUGUGUUUUUUUAUUAACUUCCAUGGCUUUUUUCGAAUAUUUCUUUGUUUUUGACUUGGUUUUGGAUUUCUUUCUCCCUUUUCGUGGGUGUUCUGUGCAAAUCAAGGAUGCUGUGUGCCGUGUGUGUUUUUGUGUGUCAGUGUGUGUGAAUGGUUGACUGAUUUAUGUAUUUAUGAAUUUCUGAAUUUUUAACUACCCGAUCAUGUCAUGUGACACUUGUUCAUUAUUUAUUCCCAUCCUUUAAAUACCUCAAGUAAAAAAAAAAAAUCAAACUAUUUCUGUGUGUGUGCUCUGUAACCUGUGUGGAAUAUCAUUCACCUCAACGCAAGCUUUUGUUCAAAGCAAAAAAAUGUUGGUCAGCACUUUUUUGCCAUGCAGACUUCAAGCAUACAACCAGACUUUUUUU